AUGGAGCAGCAAAUAUACCGAUACGAUCAAAUUGACUGUGACAAUUAUCUCGAACAACAUUAUCUAGGAAUCGAAGACAUGCCAAGUUUAGGUCUUGGUGAUCCCGAUAUCGAAUAUGCUUCUCUAGACAAUAGCGUUAUGCAGACAGAAAGUGAAAAAUCUUUUUCAUUAAUCUCAGAUCUAUAUAGUGAUGAAGAAAGUAUCCUAGAAAGUCAGCAAAACAUGUUCAGUGACGAAAUCUCAUUAAACAUUGCAGAAGAAUAUAUAGGCAUUGAGGAUGUUGGUGACACUAUUUCCAUAAGCGAUGCCGACUAUGAAGACGAUGACUACAAUGAUGACAACAACUGCAACGGUGACACUCAUGUUGAUAAUAAUGAUAUUAUUUCGCUUUUACCAACGAUAGAUAAUGAAAAGAGGCAGGGAGGUUAUGAAAUUCAAGGGAAACUUUUCCAGGCUAAUAGUGAUGCUCAAUGCGUAAUUAUGGACAUUCAUAACAGACAAUUACGGCGAUGUAGUAGAAAAGCAAUUAAACCGUUAAAGCAGUUAAUAGGAACGUGGCAAAUCUGUACUGAAGCAAUCAAAAUAGCUUUGAGUAUUAAAGGAAGAGAAGAGGAAUUAUUGGGUUUAUUAGGCGUCUGUUCAUCCCACUUCAAUUUCGACAAAGAUAUUCAUCCUCCUCGCGUAAAGACAAAGUUGAAAGAUAUAAGAAGUUUGAUUGAUGUUCGGAGAUGUCUUUUCUGCUAUAAAGACCACUAUUACUUAUCUAGAGGCGGACAUUGUCGAUAUCACGCACAUUCCGUUUUAGAUAGAAUGGUACAAACACCUUGCCAAGGUCUCUUAGUCUGCCCCGUCUUCAAAAACAAUACGUUCUUCCCGAAAGCGAACAAUCAUAAGAGAUCGCGAUACGUCUGUCUAUUAUGUUUUAAUUCGGAAGGCGGACAUUACUUUCAGCGAUCUGGAAAGGGGAACGAUCCAUCCGACUGCUCAAAUUUACACGAAAAAGACACAGACAAAUCAUUACAACUGAUGGGAAGUUGGAUUUCAAAUAUGGCUGCAUCAGAUAAAUUAUCGGACUCUAUGAAAGACCUGCUAUUAGAAGAGUUGUAUAAUGCAAUUAAGAACUUUUUCAUUAAGAAAAAACAAUCGAAAAAGGAAAAGCCAUCAUCGUCAUCUGAAUCAUCUGAAUCGAAACCAAUACCUCCUAGUCUUCUUGCUGUCAAGUUGACAUUUAUAUUAGGAAAAUGCAGUAUAAAAACUAUUCAGGAAGAUAAAUUUACUCAGUCUAUACAACAAAAUCCGGAGAAGUUGGGAGAAGCGUUGGGGCAUCUGGUUUGGCUUUCGCGUAAAGAAGUUAACGAGAAUAAGCGAGUACUGACAAAUCCAAGCACUCUCGAGGGAUAUCGUGGUGGUUUUCCUUUUGGAAUUAGAGCAUUUUUUGACAGUUUUAUAAUAUAUAUACAAAAAAGAAAAUGGGCAAUUUUACAAAAAAAAAGGGCACAAAGAAAAAUGCCUACGAAUAGUUUUGACGAUAGCAGAGCCAUAAAGAUAUCCACUUUUUUUAUUUCAGUCAUCCUAAACAUUGCCUUUCCAAAUGCAAACAUAUGGUUUACCCAUAUUCUGAGCUCAUUAUCACAGAAGCCCAACAUGAUUUCAUCACUUUAUGCAAUUCUCUGCGUUGCAAACGUUAUUUCACAUUCAGCACGAUACGAAAAAAUGUUAGAGAAGGAGCGGAGAACAUUGGUUGAUCCGAAACAACGGCUAAUUCAUGGGGAUAACGUGUGGAGCGUAGGAGCCAUUGACAACAUCGAUUUUAAGGAAAAAACGUUUUCAUAUGACAACAUAUAUGACGUUUCACGAAAAACUAACCAUGCUACUAUUCGCAUGGCUUUUCAAUUCGUUUUACCGAAAUCGUUGAUGGAAAUAAGAGAAGAGGUCAACAACACUAUUAAUCCGUGGCAGAAUCAGUUUGAGGUGGGCGUGACGUCCUUUAUUAAAGAACAAUCAGAUAUCAUAGAACAGAUUAUAAGGUCUCUACGUUCAGAGGACAUCGAAUUUGAUGUUAGUGAUGUGCUUAACAAGUUGAGAAAAUGUAUUCCAGAGUGUCACUCUAUACCACCAGCAAAUGUGGUCAUUCUAAGGCCGGGCAAAAAACCAACAUCUAAUAAACACGUUCAUGAAGCUGCUCUGAUGUAUUAUGACGAUGUCGGUAUAAAUUCUUCGGGAGAAUUAUCGAUAGUGGCUGAUGAAAGUAUAUUUCGACGGUUGCCGAUCCUUCACUCCGAGCACCCCGAAUUGCAGUUUCUUCUUGGUGCUUGGCACACGAAUAAAAAUAUGUGUGUAGCCCUCAUCAAAACCUUCUCUGGGUAUGGUAUCUUCAACAUGGCACGAGUUUUAGGAGUUUGCUUUUUAGAUAAGUUUGAGAGGGUAGUUGACUAUAGUGCGGCAUCAAAGGUGAUGGAAAUGUUAUUAGUAGCUGUAAAAGUGGCAAUACAGAAUUUUGUACAAAGGAGUGAAAAUAACGCCGAAGGUUUUGCCAGACUAUUUUCGUGCUAUGAAAUUGGCAAAUACAGACUAAUGAGAAUAUACCGUCAAGAUAUAGAAGGAAGUGAAGUACGUAUAACUGAGGGCAGACGGGCGAAAAAUGUUGUCACUCAUACCUAUAGCAAACUACAACAAAUGGAGAAAGAAUGCACCCAAUCUACUAGUCGCACCCAAUCUACUAGUCGCACCCAAUCUACUAGUCGCACCCAAUCUACUAGUCGCACCCAAUCUACUAGUCGCACCCAAUCUACUAGUCGCAUCCAAUCGCAACAUGUUAAUAUCCACAAAAGAUCAAAGUAUGCCGACAUACCACCCGGCUACUUGUCAGAAUGUAGACCGCAAUAA